AACUGCAGCACGACAAUUACCAAUACAUCUUCACUUCCAAAACAAUUCGGAUGGAUCGGGCAUUGCGACUCAUCGAACUUUGAUGGUGGGUGCCUGUGCCUGGCUGCAGGGGUUCCCAACCGUGAUGGAUCGUACACCCACAUAUGCUGUGAUUGUCGAUUCGAUCGAUGUGCUUGGAGAUCCGAGUUCGGGUUUCUAUCUCGACAAUCGCAGCAGUUCCUGGCCAUCCCGGAGCGCAACAUCAUCUCAAUCGGAGGUUGGGCAUUUGCCACCGAGCUUGGGAUGUCCAAUAACCUGCGCGAGGCGCUGCAGGAGGCAAACCAUGGCACAAUUGCGACCAAUUUGGCCCGAUGCUUCCGCGACAAGAAAUUUGAUGGCGUUGAUUUCUAUUGGGAGUACCCAGGGGUUUUUCCCUUGUCUGCUCUUGUUCAGCGCUGA